UGUACUGUACUACAGGAUCUCCAGAGUCAUGUCCAUGCUCUAUAGAUAGAUUGGUCUUCUUCACCAAGGAACGCAAACUCCCACAAGCGAACAUCUUGACACCCAGGUGUUGUUUUGAUGAUCAGUAAGAGGGACUCUAGCUGCAGAAAAAAUGACAGACCAGGUUGUGGUUCCUGGUGUGAAGGUGUUGACCAUGGACACCAUGAACCCAAACGUGAAGAAGGUGGAGUAUGCGGUGCGCGGACCAAUUGUUCAGAGAGCUGCGCAGAUCGAAAUGGAACUUCGACAGGGAGUGAAGAAGCCCUUCACUGAAGUGAUUCGAGCAAACAUUGGAGACUGCCAUGCCAUGGGUCAGAAACCCAUCACCUUUUUCAGACAGGUGCUGGCUGUCUGCUUAUAUCCAGAUCUUCUAGAUGACGACAGGUUUCCAGAAGAUGUAAAAAGUCGAGCGCGACGGAUCCUUCAGGCUUGCUCUGGAGGAAGUCUGGGCUCUUACAGCACUAGUCAGGGGAUUGAACUCGUUCGAGAAGAUGUGGCAAAAUACAUUGAGAAGAGAGAUGGAGGGAUCAAAUGCAAUCCAGAUAACAUCUACCUCACCGCUGGAGCCAGUGAUGGCAUUGUGACGAUGCUGAAGCUUCUGGUAUCAGGUGAAGGAUCUUCUCGGACUGGAGUGAUGAUCUCCAUCCCUCAGUACCCGCUCUACUCCGCCGCCCUCGCCGAGCUUGCUGCAGUGCAGAUAAAUUAUUAUCUAGAUGAGGAAACGUGCUGGAGUUUGGACAUCCGAGAGCUGCGGCGUGCGCUGGAGGAGGCGAGGAAACACUGCACGCCUCGAGUCCUGUGUAUCAUUAAUCCCGGAAAUCCAACAGGUCAAGUACAGAGCCGACAGUGCAUCGAGGAUGUGAUCCGCUUCGCCGCUGAGGAAAAUCUCUUUCUAAUGGCAGACGAGGUUUAUCAGGACAACGUGUACGCGGAUGGCUGUGAGUUUCACUCGUUUAAGAAGGUGCUGUUUGAGAUGGGUCCGGAGUACUCAGGUCGAGUAGAGCUCGCCUCGUUUCAUUCCACAUCCAAGUGCUACAUGGGAGAGUGUGGGUUUCGGGGCGGCUACAUGGAGGUGAUGAAUUUGGACCCUGAGGUCAAAGUUCAGCUGACGAAGCUGGUGUCAGUGCGUCUGUGUCCUGCUGUGACUGGACAGGCUUUACUGGAUCUGGUGGUGAAUCCUCCUGAACCGCACGAGCCCUCAUACGAAACCUAUAUUAAGGAGCGCUCAUACACUCUGGCAGAGCUGGCUAAGAAAGCUAGCAUGACGCAGCAGGCUCUUAAUCAGGUCCCGGGGAUCAAGUGUAAUCCGGUCCAGGGAGCCAUGUACACCUUUCCUCGCAUCCAGAUCCCACCUAAAGCCAUCUCUGCAGCACAGGCGAAUGGUCAGUCUCCGGACAUGUUCUACUGCAUGAGCUUACUCGAGGAAAUGGGCAUCUGCCUGGUACCAGGCAGCGGGUUCGGUCAGAAAGACGGAACGUAUCACUUCAGGAUGACAAUCCUUCCUCCGACUCAGAAACUGAAAAUAGUUUUGGAGAAGAUAAAGGAGUUUCAUCAGAGGUUCACGCAGCAGUAUUCGUAAACCCCACGAACGCACACCCAGAGCAAGCGGGACGACUUUGGGACACAUUGGAACUGAACUUUUAAUGUGUCAUCUGGUUCUUAUGUGAUGCUGGUUGUGAUUCUGAAGUGAGUAAGCAUUAAUCAGCAGGGGGGUGAUGUGAACCUACUGUAUAUGUUGGGCAUUAUCUGUGAACCACUGGCGUGACUUUUACUUUAAGAGGCCGGCUAACUUGAGUUUUCAUCAGCGUCGAUAAAUGGUUUUAAAAAAUAAAACAAUGAAUUUUAAAUGUUGUGUUUGUUUUUGUAUUUCAGUAAAAUAUUAUGUGCAUUGUGUUGUUGAUUUCUGGCCGGACGUACGGUAACAUCAUUUUAGAAUGACUUAUUAUAAAAAUAAUUUUUUGAGUGUACAUUUUUUUUUUCCAUUUCUACCCAGUAGUUUGUGCCAUUCAUCAAAGGUGACAAGUAACAAAUUAUAGAUACUCUAUUACUCUAUAUACUGUGCUUAAGUAUUUUUUUUGGUGUAUCUGUACUUUACUUGAGUAUUUUUCAUAUGUGAUACUUAUUACUUUUACUUACUAUAUUUUAAAUAAAGACCUUUAGCUAAGGAUCACACAAAAGUGCAUUGAUUUUCUUAUCUCACACCAUAGCAUAACCUAAAAAACUAUUUAUUAGUUUGUUAACUCUGUCAGAGAGAUAUACUUGUAGGUAUACUUUUACUUCUGAACUUACUACUUCAACCUGAGUAAAAAUU